UUCCACCGGCCACUGUUCACUGUUGUGAUAAUUUUAGAUAAUUAUUUUGACCUUAAUGGAUUCGCAGAGUGCUAAUUCUAUUGAUAAAUACAAUGGAUAGAAAAAAAUCAAGAUAAAAAUUGCCGAAAGCAGCUCAACUUGUCCAGGUGCAGCGAGUUAGGAGUCAACGUCUCGCUUUUAUUAUUCAUCACUUGACUUUAAAAGAAAAUCUGCAGGUCAUUAGGAUGGGUCCAGCUGUGGCAAUAGCCCUGGUCUUCAUCGGCUGCUGCUCUAAUGUUGUUUUCUUGGAAUUGCUCGUUAAGGAGGACCCAGGGAGUGGAAAUCUAAUUACAUUUACCCAGUUUCUCUUCAUCGCUCUUGAGGGAUUCAUAUUCACAUCGAAAUUCGGCACUCGCAAGCCGAAAAUCGGCCUGUACGACUACUUCAUUCUGGUGGUGAUGUUCUUCAUAGUGAGCGUGUGCAACAACUACGCGUUCAACUUCAACAUCCCGAUGCCACUGCACAUGAUCUUCAGGGCUGGUUCCCUGAUCGCCAAUAUGAUCAUGGGCAUGCUGAUCCUGCGCAAGCGCUACGCUGCCCCUAAAAUCAUCUCCAUCAUCAUGAUUACUGCCGGCAUCGUCAUCUGCACCCUCGAAUCAGGCAAGGAGGUCAAGGCCACUGACCCGAAGGAUGUCAACUCCGACCCUGCCACCGACUACUUCUGGUGGGUCGUCGGCAUCAUCCUGCUGACAGUGGCGCUCUUCAUGUCUGCAAGGAUGGGCAUCUAUCAGGAGGUGCUGUACACUCGGCACGGCAAACACCCAAAGGAAGCUCUGUUCUACACGCACUUGAUGCCACUGCCAGGCUUCCUGCUGCUCUACUCAGACAUCUGGUCGCACUGGCUGAGGGCGCUGGACAGCCCUCCGCUGACCGUGCUGGGCUUUACGGGGCCCAGCACCAUCAUCUACCUGGUGGGCAACAUGCUGACCCAGUAUUUGUGCAUCAGCUCGGUGUACGUGCUGACGACAGAGUGCUCGUCCCUGACCGUCACCCUGGUGGUCACCCUGCGCAAGUUCCUCAGCCUGCUCUUCUCCAUCGUCUACUUUCAGAACGAGUUCACGCUCAGCCACUGGAUCGGCACCACGCUCGUCUUUGCCGGCACCGCCAUCUUCACAGAGCUUGUGCAACGAAUCGCCGGCAUGUUCGCUGGCCCCGACCCCAAAAAGAAGGACUAGAAAUACCGUCCCUCAGACUGAUAUUCGCUCACGUCAAUCGUUUAAGCAUCCUUCAUUUUCUGACCAAAAAAUGGUAGAGUUAGGGAUUCAUUUGUGCCGCAGGCUUUUGCCAGUAAAGUUACAGCGAGAGAAACCGGAUUUACUUAAAUUGGCGGUCGUAUUUUAACUCUUACUAUUCAUUUUAAAAUUAUCUGUACCUUCUCGCUCUUUUAUUUUCUGUUCACAGCCAAAAAAGUCAUGUUUAUGAUUAAAAUAUACACAAAAUUUCGAAAUAUUUUAACCAGGACUUACAGAAAAGAGCAUUCAGUCAGAUGUUUCUUUGAAAUAUCAACAAGGGACUGAAUUAAAUUUGGAUUUGAUGACUAACAUAGUGCGCUUCAACAGUGUGGAAUACUUGUGUGAGAUUAUAACAAAAACUCUUCACAGUGGGACUUUCACGAUAUUAUUUUUUCGCACAUUUUUGUUUUAUCAGUCCCAUCUCUGCUUAAAUUUUUUAUUAUUUCUACUGAGCGUCAGCUUUUAAAGCUUUUGUUAUUGUUGGUUGUUACAUUUAUCUAGUUAUGAGCAUGCAUUACUCUAAUUUUAAGAGCGCUUUGUGAUUCAAAUUGUGUAGCGCACAUUAAUAAAUAUAUUUCAAUUGAAUCAAA